UUAUGUUUGGUUGGUUGUAAACUAGGCAUCUCUAAUGUUCUUUAUUUUGUUAAUUUAUUUUCACUGAAUUUGUAUCGUCGCAUGGUUAUUACAACGAAAAAAUGUCUGAUUUCGAACAAUUCGUCGAGUUCGUACAAUAUACGAAAAGAUUUAGGAACGUAGGCGUAGGACCGAGGCGCUAUUUACGUGAUUAUUCCGAUCCAUUUUCAAAAUACUCGGUCGAGGAAUUUCAUGCUAGAUAUAGAUUUACUCCUGAUGUUGUUAAAAGUGUUAUAUUGCCUAUGCUGGAUUCUAUAAGAAAACCUUCAAAAAGAGGCUUACCUUUCCCUCCAGAAAUCAUGUUGCUGAUAACGUUACGCUAUUACGCUACUGGUAGCUUUCAGAAAAUGCAAAAAGAUGUCAUGAAUAUAUGCCAACAGUCAGUUUCUAGGAUUAUUGUCCAAGUUUCCAACUUAAUAGCAACAAAAAUGAAAAAGUAUGUUAAAUUUCCAACAGAUACGGAAGAACUUAAUAUGGUGAAGCAAAAGUUUUACGAAAUCAACCAUUUUCCUGAAGUAAUUGGCUGUGUUGACUGUACACAAAUAAAAAUAAGAAGUCCUGGUGGGGAAACUUCUGACGUAUACAAGAAUAGAAAAGGAUUUUACUCCAUCAAUGUACAGACAGUUGUUGGGCCAAAUUUAGAAUUUUUUAACUUAGUAGCCCGCUGGCCGGGAAGCACACCUGAUAGUUUUAUUUACAAUAACAGUUCUAUUAAACAGAGGCUUGAUACGGGUGAGUUGGAAGGGGUAAUUUUAGGUGACAGUGAUUUUGCAGCAAGUAAUACCCUUCUUACACCCUUUUUGUCUCCAAAUUCAAUACCCCAGGAACAAUAUAAUAAAAGUCUCUAUGAAACACGAAAACUUGUAGAACAUUGUCUUGGUAUUUGGAAGGGUAGAUUUCCUUGUUUACAAGUGGGUAUGUGCAUCAAGGUGGAAACCGUUGUGGCUGUGAUAUGUGCGUGUGCAGCAUUGCACAAUAUAGCCGUGUCCGUGGGUGAUGUAGCACCAACAAAUUGGGAAAUGGCUGAAAUUGACACUGACGUUGACUUCACUACAACUAAUGAACACCCAAAUAGUGAAGGUUUUGUGGCAAGACAAUUAUUUGUAGAUAGGUAUUUCCAGAAUUAUUAAAACAUAAUUAUAGUUAAUAAUGUUUUAAUAAUUCUGUCAUUAGAGUGUCCGUGGCUCAGGGGUUAAGCUCUAGACUUGGUAUUUGCACGUCUUUGGUUCGAAUCUCGCCAUGUACCAAUUUUAUCAUCAUGACAUUUAUCCACAACCUGCAAAUUUUGUGAGAAGAGAAUUAUGGAUAUGUGUGAAGUCAACCAACUCGCACUAGACCAGCAUGGUUGACUAUGGCCUUGUCACCCCUAACUCAGGGUAGACUCUGUGUCCCUCAGUGGGGAUGUAAAGUGAGCUGACAAUGAAAUUAUAGUUAAGUUAAAAAUUACUGCCAUAACCAGUUGUUCUUUAAUUUAGUUUUAAGUAGAUAUAAGUGAUUGAAUAUGUUAUUUAAUAGUACAUCCGGAAUACAUCAUUUGUGUAAGGAAAUUAUUGAAAUGUACAGCGGUGCUUUAUCAAAACCAUAUCUCUAUGGCCUUUAUGUAAAUGUACAUAAAAAUAAUAAAUAUUUUAAACGUUUUUCUCAAACACCUUUAAGCUCAUUAAAUCGACAUCACUAUCAUCGACGACAUCGACAAUUUAUGCAUAACCUACACUGUGGGUAUAGCACGAAUAUUUUUUUUUAUAUCAUAAGGUGGCAAACGAACGAGC